AGCCCCAUCGCCCAAACCGUUUGUUGACAAUAGAAAAUGAAGGAGAUUUCUGAUCAAGUGUUUCUAUAAUCGUCUUUAUAAUGAUGGAUAUAGGUAACAAUGUAUCAAGCAGAUGGCCUCUGCUGCUUGAUAUGACCAAAGAAGAAUGUAAAAAAUCUUUACGGGCAUUAGAGCUGUCUGCAUACAGCCAGGUAGUAUCAGUGUUAAGAGCACAGGGAGAGCUUACUAAGGAGAAGAGAAAACUGUUAAAUGAUUUACAGACAAUAUUUUCAAUCACGCUGGAACGACAUCGUGCUGAAAUAAGAAGGGCAGUCAACGAUGAGAAGCUAAACACUAUAGCCGAUACACUGGCAGGGCCUAACACAGGAGUAGAAUGGGCUGUUGAAGGUAGACGUCUCAUACCCUUGAUGCCAAGAGUGCCUCCACAGACUGCGUACACUGCCAUUGCAACUCGUAUGGCAAUGCUCUAUUAUGGCAUUAAUUCAAAGAUGCCGCCACCUACAUCUACUGCCAUGUAUGGAAAAAUGGACAAUCUUGGUGCUGAAUCAGAAGAUACUGAUUCUGAAGAGGAGACAGAUGGCCUCAGGUUCAUAUCAGGUCCCAUGGUUCCCCCACAAUACAACAGCGACCAGGGCUCCUACACUACACUACCCCAGUCACAGGCCCGUCUUGCCAAGCUCCCUCCUAAAGAAAAUCGGGAGAAUCGGGAGAUGCCCACCACAACGGUCUCAGGGUCAGGUGGUCCCAUGAGUGUACCCCCAAACACAAGCACAACUGGCGGAAGCAGUGACAAGAGAAAACGGAAGAGAUCACAGUCAACCGACCACCCUCUUCCACCUCCGCCUCCACCACCCGCACCAAGAGAGCACACUCCAUCUCCUGGAACACCAACAAAGCAGCUCAGUAGUAUAGGUCGAGCUGUUCCGGGACCCCCAAUGAAGAUUACUGUGACGGGAAAUGUUACCCGUGGCACUCCAGGGACUCCUGUGUCUACUCUAGGGGGCCAUACACAAAAGGUUAUACUGGUGUCAACAUCAGGAGCUAGUGGUGUGGGAGGUGGGAUGUACCAGCGCUCCCUCAGUGUCCCAGUGAUGAAAGGAGGGACAGGUGCAGCUCAGACAGUCAUGCGAGGCGUUCCCACUGGUCCUGGGGCAAUUCCGGCGACACAAAUUCAGCAAGCUGAUCACCAAGACUGGGACUCUGGGAGACAAAACUCCACCAGAAAUCAGAGCAAUUUGUUGCUACCUCCUUCCUCCAUGACACCAUCUCGCAGACGUAUGCCCUCAUCACAUACUGGUGGAAACAUUGGAUCUGGAAGCAUGAUUGUUCCCUCAACUUACUCUAGUGGUACUCCAACUGCCUCAGCAGGUAUGGUUCAGUCUGUUAUGCCACCAGGAACCUAUGUCAAUAGAAUGAGGCCUCGAGUCCCAAGCAGUGCUCUUCCCCCAAGGCCGCGUCAGCGAUCAAACUCUCUCGUACUUCAAACAGAACCAGGGAUAACACAGAGAGGAGUGGAGUCUGGGUCAGUCAGUGGAGGCAGCAGUUUAACCUCCAGCAGCCACAUCAGCACCAUGGCCUCUUACUCAGGUGGACCCCCAAGUAUAGUUGGUCAGGCUGCCUCUCAGCACAGCCUACAGCCCACACAUCUUAUGACUCACCAGACUAUUCAGGUGCGACCUGGCACACCUGUUACACCAGGCAAGACAGCCAUACAGAUACGUCAAGAAGGCACAGCAGGAGCAAAAAUCAUCACACACACUGUAGCAGGCAGCAGUAGUACCAUGGGAGUUCCCAGUGGUAAUUCAAGCACAGGAGGAGGAAGCAGCAGUGCAGGAAUUGGUCCCAGUGCGCCUAAUAGAUUAGUGGGUAGAACACCUAUCUUGCCACCUAGUUCCCCUCAAGGCUCAGGUGGUCCCCUCUAUGUUGUCACAACCAACUCAGGAACAAUUACGGUUGUCACUCGGACAGUUGCCGCAGGACAGGGCACAGGACCUCGGGUGGUCACAGUAAAUACCAUCAAUGCACCAAAGUCUUCAGUUAGUGGAGUUCGAACAGCAUCUCCAGCGACAGUUGUAUCUGUGGGGCCUAAAACUGUGCAGACAGUUAGAGUAACUCCUCAAGGGCCAGCUGGACUCAGGCCUGUUCUUGGCGGCACAAAAUCCAAUGUUAUUGUUGUUCACAAAGGAGCCCCUCCUCCAGGGACACGCCCAGUGGGUAUUCAGGGUAUCAGGGAUGUUCCUACAAAGAUUACUAUCGGGAAGGGCAUUAGCAGUAGUGGCAGCACAACUGUCUUGCAGAAGCCAUCAGGCCCACGGGGAACUGUGACAGCUUCCAGUGUGACUCCCAGCAGCAGUACCCCAACGUCCCAGGGCAAUGUCAUCGUGGUAGAUCUGAGUCCGGAAGGCAGCACUGUUAGCAACAACAAUGCCCUGGCAGAUAUCCUACAGGCAACAGGUAUACUGGGUGCAGGCGGACCAAGUAGUGUUGGUAGUGGGAGCAUCGCAGCUGGUGGUAGUGGUGGCGAUGACGUAGGCAGCAAUGAGGGGGAAACCCCAAGAGUCCCUCCUUCUUCUUGCUCGGUUCCAUCUCUCUCAGGGACAGAAUCUACUUCUACAAGUUUGGCAACAUCUACUCGAUCUUCCACCCCAACAGUCAGCCAGUCUGUCAUGUCAGCUGAUGGAGCACCACCUGUAAGAGUCUCAGGAAAUAACGCCACCAGUCACAAUACAGUCACUAAUGCGGUGACACCUACGAGCAGUCUGUCUGUGAGCACCCUAGCUAAUGCUGUCACAACAUCAGCGAGCACAGUCAUUACCACAGCUUCUGUGAGCAAUAGCAGUGGCAGCAGUAGUAGCUGUGCUAAUGAAGGGGGAGGGGGCAACGGAAGCAGCAGUGCAGGCAGUGGUGAAGGAGAUGGAGAGUGGCUGAACUUGGGUCUAAGUAGUGAAGAUUCCCCUGGACACAGCCUGCCUGAGGGACAAAUGCAGAUGUUGGAGGAGGCAGUAGAGAUCCUAGGCCGAGGUGACAAGGAAUCAGCAAGGAACCUUCUACGACAAGCAGGAAUAGAACUGCUUGACUCUCCUGGAGACUUGGGAGAACAAGGAGGGGAGGCAACAUCAAUGGCAAGCCUGAUGGCAGGCCUAGCUAGCCAACUGCCUGGAAGCCAUCUGGACGAGGGCCCCAUGCCACCUGUGGGAGAGCUUGACCCUGCGACUGGUCUUUUCUACAAUCCAUCAAGCACUGAGAGCUCCUCUGACACCAACAGCAAUUCAGCAUCAGAAGAUCUGGAGACAACUGAAGAAAGAGAAUCUCAGGAGUAGCGGCACUUUCUUGCCUGCUCUGAAAAGCCGAAAGAUAACGAUAGUAGCUAUAUUUUAUAAAUGUCCUUUUAUGGUAGGAGAAAGUAUUCAGCAAUAUAGAUUAUAUUUCAGCAGUUUCUAUAUCUUUACGUUUUGUGUAUAUACUACUGUAAGCUCUUUGCCAUCUUGUAUUUAUUUAUGUUUGACUUCCAUUUUGUUGUAAAAGAAAAUUUAUAUGGAAGGGUCUAUGCUCACACAAGGUCACAUGUGAAUAGAUUGUAUUAUUUUCAUACAGAGCAUAGAUCAAAUGACAAUAGUAAGAUA